AUGCUGGAGAGGGUUCCAUGCCGGAAGAGAACAAAGCUGAAUGUGGCGGGUGAGCUAGCCAGACUCGGCUCCCUCCUCUGUAUCCACCACAAGACAUUCUUCUUCCUCUUCCUGAAGUGCUUUACUUCAGCUGCUUGUGUCCCUGUGCUGGUGCAGAAACCUGCCCAGCUUGCUUGGCAUCACGUGCUGCAGCUGGGCCAUGGCUAUGUGCUGACAGCACUGAGCAUGUCUGGCCUGAAGAUGUCUGGGCAUAAAGUAUUUGUCACCAGCUUCUCCUCGUGCCUCCGGCCCUACUGUGCAGAACAAGUAAAGGAACAGCCACUGGAUGGUGCCUGGCAGGAAGGCCCAGUUCAGCCAGUAUGUCCCCAGGCCUCUGUGCAGCUCAGUAGCCUCCUGGAGCUGAGAUAUGAGGACAAGAGGCCAGUAUUGACCAAAGAAUCCAAGAUCCUGUCAUAUGUGGGAACCAUCACUCGAGUACUAAAUGCCCAGGCUGGCCUCUAUGAGCUUGAUAAUAAGGUCUGCCUGUGCCUUGCUUACCAACAGCUCUUGUACUUUGCCCGUGGUCUCCGACCAGGAGCAUCUGUGGAGCUUCGAGAUAUCCACCUUCUGCAGAAGCCCCUGGGCUUGUUCCAUUCCAUUGUGCUUGGUGCCUGCUUGCACAGUACUGUACUCCUCAAGGAUUUUUCAAGGCUCAGCACCUUCCACCAGCCUGUAGCCUCCUCAGGAAAUCUCUAUUUAGAGCUGCUCUUCCGCUAUAACCUCAGCCUGCCGCUCUACCUGUGGGUGGUGAGCCUAAUAGAGAUGCUGGAGCAGAGGUUUAGCCCUUUCUUUGGGCGCCGACAGCUGUUGCUGUUUUCCAAGCACCAAAGUCCAGGAGUAGCUGAGAAGUUUCUUGUUCCCCUUCUGGAUGCUGUGGUACCUUCCAAGAACCAGGCCAGAAAUAUAUAUAGUGAGAUCCUAGGAGAAAUUCACGAGUGUCCCCUUCAUCAGUAUCAGCCCCUGGAGCCUCCAUGCCAGGCCCCAGCUCUCUCUCUGCUGUGCUCUAUGGCUGAGCAGAAAAGCUGGGAAACCUUUUGCCCAUCCCAAUUGCUGUCGCCCCUUGAUGCUCAGCACAUGGGCACCCAAGAGCUGAAUUGCAGACUAGCCUGGUCCUACAGCACAUUCUCUGCAGAGAGCUUCCAGCCCCGAAUGGUGUUGCUAGGGGUGCUGAGAGUCUCCUCCAAGAGCAGCUCCCUUCAGCUGCAAGACCAUAGUGGUGUGCUCCCCUGUGUGAUAUGUCACAGGGAUGGCAGCCCCUUCGCAGACACAACGCUCAUAGGGUCGCUUGUGCAGGUGGAAACCUACCAGCUUGUUGUGGAGAUGUUCCUUCAAAGUGAUUUUCCCUCCUGGGAGCAGUUGCUGAAUUUAGAGCAUGUGAGGGAGAAGAAAACAAGUCUGUAUGUGCAGUUCUACUUUGAAGAUGUGCAGGUUCUCAGCCAUCCAAAACCACUAAUUGGGGAGCGACCUGCAAGCAGGGGCAGUCCCUGUCUGGGGAAGAAGGAUGAUGGUAACCCAAAAGUUGAGCUAGACUCGCCAGAUGCAAAAGUGCCAAAAUUGGAGGGGACCGAGGCAGGAGCCAGCAGCAAAGAAUAUUGUGCAAGAGACCCAGGCAGCACUAGCGGAGCCAGCUGCGUGUCUUGUCUUUUCCUGGUCACCCAGAAAGAGGGGCUCAUGCCCCGCAACUACAUGCUGUCAGGGGAAGGACAUGAAGACAAACAGGAGCUGCAGCCUAGCUUCCAGGCCACUGUGCUGUGGAUGGGCAAACCUCGGCUGUGGGCAAAUCCCGGAGAAAUCAGGAGCUUGCCAGAGUUGGAGCAGACCACUGACCACAUGGAGGGCAGUGAGACACAGCAGAGAGUGCUGCUGCUCUUCAUGGGGAAAUCAAGCCGAUGGUUUCCAGUCCUGCACCCGGAUGGGCUGUACCAGAUUGUUGUGCCCCACUGCACGGACUUGGGCGUGUUCAAACAGCUCUGUCUCCCACCAGUGCCAAAGAGGGUCCUGGACCAGUCAUGCUGCCCCUCCUGUCUGCCUGUCCCAGAUACCUGGCACCUACAGCAUGAAACCUGGAUCUCCUGUCUGGCUCACCCCCAGCUGGUGCCAGAGUCAGUGCUACUAAGCAUGGGGCAGAGAGUCUCCUCCAUCCCAGAUCUACUCAACCCCAGGUUUACAGGUUCCCUUGUCUCUUUCUGUGGUGAGAUAGUAGAAAGGGCCUCAUGUAUACCUGUCGAGUACAAGAGACAGUCUGCAUCUUCCAACACCCGAGGCCACAAAGAAAGCCUCCUGCCCUCAGACCACAAUGUAAAGCUGAGCGUCAUCGCUGCUCCCAGCUCCUCCUUCGUGCUCAAUGUUUACAUUACCACCACCUUUCUGAAACAUCUGCGGGGCUUGCUGCCUGGGGCCAAGAUCCUCUUCCAGAACCUGGAGCGCAAAAUCUCCAGAUUCCACAAUGUGUAUUGCACCUACAUUGCCUCCAGCUGCAUCCGCAUCGUAGCUCUGCCAGCCCCUGAUGUGCUCCUUGCUCCCAGCCCCAAGGGUGCAGCCUCAUCCCCCCCGCUGGUGCUCUUGUCUAGCCUGCUACUUCAGCCCUGCAGCCUGUCCCACGCCCAGGCUUUUUGCCAUCUCUCCCAUGUCCUGGCACUGUCCCUGCACUGGAUCUGCUCCCUCUGCAACAGCAUCUUUAGAGAGGGGAGAUGCACCCGACAGAGCCCACCCUGUCCAUCAUACACAGGAGUGAGUCAAGCCAGUGCUCGGAUUCUGGUGGAAGAUGGAACCGGCGAGGCCCUGGUGCAGUGCAGGAACCAGCAGUGUGUGGAGGAGCCUGAUGAUCUUCUUGUCUGGUACCUGAGGAGCUUGUGUAGGAGCCCUGUUGCUUGCCGGCCCAUUCUGCUAACUUUCAGCCUCGACAGGAAGCCCUCAAAGAUUCCUCAGCCUGUUACACUGCAGCUGAGAAGAUUCCUGGGCACGGAGGUGGAAUUUAUGUCCCAGGUGGGACCUCGCCCAAUUCUAACAAGUCUCAAUAUCCAGGAGGCAGAACAUAAAGUCUUAUCCUAUCUGAACAGCAAGAGGACACUCGGCCUGAGACAUGGCCCCUUGCCUAUAUCCACAGAGGACAUAUAAGGAGGACUCCAGUAUAGGCUGGCAGCACUUGGAAUCUCAGCAAGAGCACUGGCCCUGCAGUUGGGGUUGUGAGUGUCAGUAGGACCUGGGAUCAGUGUUUAAAACGUGUGGGAUUGCAAAGUGUCCAUGGGUUGCAUUUUUCCUGAAUGCUGUCUUUCUGGGUCUUGGGCAGCUAACCAAAGUCCAGCUUCUGAGAAGGGCAGGUGCUUAGCUCUUCCAUGAAGUCAGCUACUAGCUUGGACCCAGAGUGCAGGCUGUACAUGUUUCAGAGGAGCAUGAUGUAAAUAAAACUGUUUAAU